GAUAUCAUUGAUUGCCGCGCCCCAGGAUCUUAUCAGAUAAUAUGUUCAGCCACUUCCGGACGCUCGGCCUCCUCUCCGUCUUGUCUCUCAUUCGCCAGCCUGCAUUCGCCGACUUCGAAUCCUCCCCAUGCCGCAGAAGAUGCGCAAGGCUCCCGGCACGCGGGUCAUAAUGUUGACCAAUUCAUGGGAACUCAAGUCGUUCCACUGUGCCUUGACAGACCGCACACGUCGGACCUGGUCCGCAAUAAAACAAGUUGCGCGCGUGCGACCAGGGCUCUACAUUCACCCCCUGGUUGAAUUCCAAAGUUCAAACGCGAGCGAAUAACAGGUAGAACAAUGGUUACAGCACUGAACAAGACUGUGGUCGUCCUCGGAUUGUCGUAUGGAGGGGCGCAUGCUGCUCGUACUCUUUCUCAGAAGCUCCCGAAGGGCUGGCGCGUCGUCUGCAUUGACCGGAACACCCAUUUCAACCAUCUCUACGUCCUUCCGCGCUUCGCCGUAGUUCCUGGACACGAACACAAGGCGUUCAUCCCGUACCAGCCCAUGCUGACUCUGCGCGACCCGACGUCGCUCGCAGAAACUGUGCUCCUGCAUGCACAUAUCACGUCGCUUUCACCGAAGUCGUUGACGCUCUCACGCGCGUUUCCCGAGCACGGCAUCAAGGAACCGGAGCGGAAGCUCCAUUUCGACUACGCGCUGUACGCACUUGGGAGCCACUUGCCUGCGCCCAUAAACCUCUGGGGACCUGUCGGUAAUGACCCGGACGUGUUCGCGGUUACGAAGGGGAUGGCGCAGGAUGUUGUCGGCAAGCGCCAGACACCCACUGCUGUGGUUGACGCGGAAAGCUCUUCCUACGAAGGGACGAAGCCAGAGGGAAUCAGCUGGUUGCAGAGGUUCGGGGCGCGAAUCGAGAGCGCGUUCAGUAUUCUCGUCGUCGGCGGAGGUCCGCUCGGCGUUCAGUACUCGACGGACAUCAAGGAGCGGUUCCCGUCCAAGCAUGUCACCCUCCUACACUCACGUGCACAACUUCUGCCGACCUUCGUCAAGGGCAUGCACGACGAGAUUAUGUCUACACUCACUGAGCUCGACAUUCCGACUAUCCUCGGCGAUAGGCUCGACCUUGCCUCUGUGAAGGAGGGCAGGACUGUCAUCAACCCGGAUGGAAAGAGGGAGCGCGUCGUACGAACAGUCAGCGGGAGAGAAGUCCGUGCCGAGCUCAUCCUCCUUUGUACGGGCCAGGUACCGAACACAGGCCUCAUGGCGCAAGCAGUUCCGGAGGCACUGAUUUCUGAGGGCUCUAAGAAGGGCCAGACGCGCGUUGCACGGACGAUGCAAGUUGCUGUCCCUGCAAUGUCGGAUGGUACGGAGUCCAUCCAAGCAGCGCUCAGCGGGCUCAGCCUGUCCGACAAGCGCGCCCAAAACGAGGGAGACGAGCCCGUGCACGUACCAUACCCAAACCUCUUCGCAGUGGGCGAUGCAGUCGACGGAUAUGGCGCAAACAACGCAGGGAGGAACUCGCACUACAUGGCGGACGUGGCUGUGAAGAACAUCCUGAAGCUCAUCGAACAAUCUGAGCAAGGGGGCUCGGGGGACGUCGAGCUUGAGAAGUAUGUGCCCGGGCCGCUCUCCAAGGCAAUCAAGAUUUCACUGGGGAUGCGCAAGCAGCUCGUGCAGAACGACGAGGGAAAGGCCGUCACAUCGAUGGACGGCGUGGAGGACCUGCGCGCGCCCAGUAUGUGGGAGCUCUACGGCGUGAGCACGGACGACAUGCACCGGUGAGUCGGUCGCGUGCGCACACGUUGCUCGGGAUCGCCCUUCCUAGAUAGCCCGCACUUGUUUGCGGACGUACGAUUGCCAGGUGUGUACGAUAGACAAGAACCGAUAUAGGUGCUUCGGCCCGGACUUCACUUCGUGGAGUGAGUUCACUUCUGAACAGCGUGAUUGACGUGAUGUAUGUGGUACAUUCCUUGCACGAGCGAACCUUGUCCAAUUACUUGAGGACUUCAUACCUUUGCAGCUCAGUCAAUAAACUUAUCAAUAGUGAGUCGGACUGUGUUCCUUACCUCGACUAUACCAUGAACCGUCAUCUACCUCUCAUAUCGUUCUUUCUUAGUAGGUCCCUCCAUCUUGCGGCAG